GCGGCGGGAGGCCGGGGCUGAGGCCGGGGCGGGGACUGCGCGGCCUCUGGGGCGGCAGGCGGCGGCGGCGGCGGCCCGGGGCUCUAGCCCGGAGGGAGGAGCGGCUGCCAUGGCCGAGAGCAUCAUAAUCCGUGUUCAGUCCCCAGAUGGGGUGAAGCGUAUAACGGCCACAAAGAGAGAGUCAGCCGCGACGUUUUUGAAAAAGGUUGCAAAGGAGUUCGGCUUCCAGAAUAACGGCUUUUCAGUUUACAUCAAUAGAAACAAGACUGGAGAGAUAACAGCAUCAUCCAACAAAUCCCUCAACCUGCUAAAGAUCAAACAUGGCGACUUGUUGUUCCUGUUCCCCGCGAGCCUGGCUGGGCCGUCCUCUGAGAUGGAGACGUCGCCGUCCUUGGGGCCAAAGGCUUCCGGGGCUCCCAGCGUGGAGGAGGACGAGAUCGACCAGUACCUGAGCCGGCAGGAUGGCAAGAUCUACAGGAGCCGGGACCCCCAGCUAUGCCGGCACGGCCCUUUGGGAAAGUGUGUGCACUGCGUUCCUCUGGAGCCCUUCGACGAGGACUACCUGAACCAUCUUGAACCUCCCGUGAAGCACAUGUCCUUUCACGCCUACAUCCGGAAGCUCACUGGGGGGGCUGACAAGGGGAAGUUUGUUGCCUUGGAGAACAUCAGCUGCAAGAUCAAAUCGGGCUGUGAGGGCCACCUCCCAUGGCCUAACGGCAUCUGCACCAAGUGCCAGCCAAGCGCCAUCACACUGAACAGGCAGAAAUACAGGCACGUGGACAAUAUCAUGUUUGAGAACCACACUGUUGCUGACCGCUUCCUUGACUUCUGGAGGAAGACGGGGAGCCAGCACUUCGGGUACUUGUAUGGGCGGUACACAGAGCACAAAGACAUUCCUCUCGGCAUCAGGGCUGAAGUGGCCGCGAUUUACGAGCCUCCUCAGAUCGGUACACAGAACAGCUUGGAGCUUCUGGAAGAUCCAAAAGCCGAGGUGGUCGAUGAAAUUGCUGCCAAACUUGGCCUGAGGAAGGUUGGCUGGAUAUUUACUGACCUCGUCUCAGAAGACACCCGAAAGGGUACAGUCCGAUACAGUCGCAAUAAGGAUACCUAUUUCCUGAGUUCAGAAGAAUGCAUCACUGCAGGAGACUUCCAGAAUAAGCAUCCCAACAUCUGUCGGCUUUCGCCUGAUGGGCAUUUUGGAUCCAAGUUUGUCACUGCAGUGGCUACAGGUGGUCCCGACAACCAGGUACACUUUGAAGGUUACCAGGUAUCCAAUCAGUGCAUGGCACUGGUCCGUGAUGAAUGCCUGUUGCCUUGCAAAGAUGCCCCUGAGCUCGGCUAUGCCAAGGAGUCCAGCAGUGAGCAGUAUGUGCCUGAUGUGUUUUAUAAGGACAUAGACAAGUUUGGCAACGAGAUCACCCAGCUGGCCCGGCCCCUGCCCGUGGAGUACCUGAUCAUCGACAUCACAACAACGUUCCCCAAGGAUCCAGUUUACACUUUCUCUAUUUCACAAAAUCCAUUUCCUAUUGAGAACCGGGAUGUGCUGGGUGAGACACAGGACUUCCACAGUUUGGCCACUUAUUUGUCCCAGAAUACCUCGUCUGUGUUCCUGGACACCGUCUCAGAUUUCCACCUCCUGCUCUUCCUGGUCACCAACGAGGUCAUGCCCCUGCAGGACAGCAUCAGCUUACUCCUGGAGGCUGUGAGGACCAGGAACGAAGAGCUGGCGCAGACGUGGAAGAAGUCCGAGCAGUGGGCCACCAUCGAGCAGCUCUGUGGCACAGUGGGCGUACAGCUUCCCGGCCUCCACGAGUAUGGCGCCGUCGGGGGCUCUGCACAGGCCGCCGCCUCCGCCAUGUGGGCCUGUCAGCACUGCACCUUCAUGAACCGGCCCGGCACGGGCCACUGCGAGAUGUGCAGCCUGCCGCGCACCUAGACUGCCCGCCCCACGCAGGACUGGGGCCCACGUGCCCUGGGGUCAGACCCCCAGAAGCUUCUUCCCCGAGGGUGGGGUCCUGCCGGGCUGAGUACGACCUCCAACCUGGAAACGGCAGAGCGGCACUCGCCGGAAGGCCUGGCUCGUUGCGCCCGGGUUGACAACUCCCUGCGUGUGGUCAGAAGAACCAGGCACCCCCCAGUCCUCACCUGGGGUUGGGGCAGGGGCGUUUUGCUGCUCCUUCCAGCUCUCUUAUUGUUCCUUUUCUUUGGGAUGCUUUCUGUUCUUGCACCCCCUGCGCCCCACACACCUGGUUUCUUUGGUUGGGAGCUUGGUCUCCUUGUGCCCCGUUGCUCUGGGACCGGGGAGUGGGCUGCGGUUCAGGUCCGUGCGUUUCCAGGUGGGAGUUUGAAACCUGUGUUGGUCAGAAUAACAGCUCUCAGUAACGCCUCCAAGAGGACUUCUAUUUAUUUUUGAAGAUAAAAACUGCACAAAGAGGGAGUGAGGGACCCGUUUCCUCCUCUUCCCCCUCCCUUAGAAGUCCUUUUUUAGGGGGUGCCCAGGGUGGGCAUGGCGCCCGCAAUCAUUCUCCAAGGCUAAACCACAGUGCCUGAGCCUCCCUGCCGAGCAGUGCCACCACCGCGGCUUAGGCCCAACGGUUGGUGCAGAAGUCAGGUGGAGGCUCAAGCCGAGCGGGCACCCUCCCAGAGGCCGGUACAGCCCAGAGAUGCGAGGGGGUGCCUGGGAGGAGUCUGGGGCAGCAGGCUGGGGGGCUGCCCAGGCCCACCUCAAAGCUGGGGGCAAUUGGCGUUGUGCUGGGGCCUUGGCAAUCACCUGGAGUGGGCAUCAUCAGCAGACCACGGGGGCACUCCCUGGUGGCUCCAGCUGGGCUGUGGUGCAGGCCUGCCCUUGGGGACUUCUGGGCGCCUUGUGCCUCUUUGCCUUAACCAUAGCUACAUCCAAGCUGCACGUGGCCUCCUGUCUCCACCCGUGGGGCCACCCUGCAACCUCCGUGUGGAAGGAGAAGCCUGUGCCAGGGCCCUGCUGUGGGAUACUGGGCGGCGGGCAGGGGCAGCUCAUCUGCUUUUGCUUCAGCCUCAGGUCAGCCGGAGGAUGUAUGGGAUCUGCCCUCCCUGGGCUCUUUCCCUAAUUUCUGUGCACCCCACAGCCCUCCAUACCAACGCGGACGCCGCCACUUCCUCCUCAGCCUGCUCUGGUCUUGAUCAACCAGGCUGAUUUCCUUUUCUCCUCAGCCAACCUUUCCUUCACUAAAGUUCUGGCCUCCACAUAAUUCAUUUGUUUCCUCUUGUGUUUUAGAUAAAGAAAAAACAUUCUGAGUUUUCCGCUUCUGGGUUUGAGUUACUGUUCAGUAAUGCAGUUUACGGUAUUGUCCAAGAACUAGAGCCUGGGGUGGGGCCUGCCUGAGGGCCCAGGCGUCGCCUCUCCCACAGGGCCCCGGCCUGCCUUGCGUUGCACCUGCUUGUCCCCACAGCUGCCUUUACUGUGGACCCUGUGCCUGCCAGGCGCCCUGAACCAUGGAGGGAGGGUAGGCCCCCGUGCUGCCCGCCCCCACCAUGUGUCCCCCGCUUCCACCGUCUGUUCUCCCCCGUUCCUCUGCCCCCAGCCAUCCCCACCCCACCCACUGCCAGAAUCUCACCUGCCCCCACCUUCUGUCACCUGAGGUCUCUCUCCUGGGGACGUUGGUGCUUGCGAUUUGCCUGUCUGCUUUGGGCUCAGGUGUGCGCUGGUUGGGUUUGGAUUAGUGUUACCUUGACUCCAGCCUUGCAGCAGAACCUAAUAAAAGCACCUGAAGGACA